AAUGCCCAACUAUAUCACUGCUUGUUUGGCAAUUAUAAUUGCCAGUGCUGUUUUUGUUUUUAUGGUGUAUUGUUGCAGGCUUACUUAUGUUUCCUCUUCUCUGUCCAGUUAGAAAGUCCUGUUCUUAUUGCUGCCAUUUUCAUUAGUGGCAUUGGUGGGACAUUCCAGUUCGGCUUUCAUAUAUCUGUCCUAACUUCACCUUCUUCUUUCAUAAAGGAGCUCGUGAACACCACAUGCCUGCAGCGGUAUAGUAUAUCCCUGGAACAGUGGGAAGUGACUCUCAUCUGGUCCUUCAUCGUCUCCAUCUUCUGCAUCGGGGGUCUCCUUGGUUCCCUGUGUGCCGGCCACCUCUCAUCAGCGUAUGGGAGAAAGAGAUGCCUGUUGUUGAACAACCUGUUUGCCAUUGGCGGUGCUGGGAUGAUGCUGUUGAGUAAAACGGCCAUGUCCUUUGAGAUGAUCAUGGUUGGACGUUUCCUCUAUGGCAUUAAUGCAGGUGUUAGCCUCAGUGUCCACACCAUGUACCUAGUGGAAUGUGCCCCCAAGAGGCUGCGAGGGAUAAUGGGUUUGUCUGUUUCCACCUUUCUGUCCAUGGGGAAGUUCUCAGGUCAGCUUCUGGGGAUCAGUGAGUUAUUGGGGACAGAGGACAGGUGGCCUUGGUUGUUGGGCUUCAGUGGUGCGACCGCCCUGCUCCAGCUCAUCACCCUGCCCUUCCUCCCAGAGUCACCCAAAUACCUGCUGCUGGACCGGGGCGACCGUCAGGGCUGUGAGAAGGCCAUCCGCAGGCUGUGGGGCAACAGAGACCACAGUGCGGAGGUGGAGGAGAUGCUGGUGGAGCACGCCUCCAUGAAGGGAGUCUGCAGCCACACUGUGUUGGACCUGAUCCUGGACCAGGACGUACGCUGGCAGUUCCUCACCAUCCUCGUCGCCUUCACCACCCUGCAGUUCAGUGGCAUCAACGCUGUGUACCUUUACUCAUUUGAUGUGUUCCGUACUGCAGGGAUCCCCACACACCAGUUACGCCAUGUUGCCUUGGGAACUGGUCUGUGUGAGGUUUCUACCUCCAUGGCCUGUGUGAUGGUGAUUGAGAGCACAGGAAAGAGGCUAAUGCUCUAUAGGGGUUACCUAUGCAUGGCAGUUACCCUGGGUCUCCUGACCCUUACACUCUACCUGCAGAUCCAAGUUUCCUGGAUGCCUUACUGCAGUAUGCUUCUCAUCUUCAUCUUCAUCUUCUUCUUCUCCAGUGGACCAGCUGGAGUGACAGUGGCUCUACCUGGUGAUAUCUUCAACCAGUCGUUCAAAUCAGCUGCCUACACCAUCGGCUGCACCCUCAACUGGCAGGGCCUCUUCCUCCUGGGGUUGCUCUUCCCCGUCAUAGUGGAGAAUUUGGACUACUUUUGUUUCCUGAUUUUCUUCGUCUUCUGUUUCCUGUCUGGGGUGUUUGUGUGGUACAACGUGCCUGAGACCAAGAACCGCACUGUCAUGGAGAUCACGGCUGAGUUUCAGAGGAUGCAUCCCAACAGGGGAUCCUCGGGGGAGGGAAGGUCGAGACCUCCUGAACCCAGUCAUAUCAAGGCAUGCACAACCACAAAAUUCUGAACAUUGUCCAUAAUGAAUGACAGUGUGUCUGACUUGCACAUUGUUUUGUCGUUCCUGUGAAAACAUUGUCUUUGUGAAAACUCCUCUGUUAAGAUUUGCCCCACACACCCAUGUCCGGUCUGCUGUCAUCUUGAUUGCAAAUCAAUCAUUUUGACCUUUAUGGUGGUAAGUAUUGUGUGAUAAAAAUGUUACCUCUCUGGGCCACCUAUUAAAGUAGUUUUAGUAUUGUGAGCAGGCCAAGGUCUGUCAUUAUCAGGCUCUGGCCCCAGCCAUACAGACACUAAUCAGGGAGGGAGAGGUUUUACCUCUGACACGUACUUGUAAAGUCAGCAUUCUGUAUGUACUUUACUGAUGAACAAGGUAAGGUACAUACUUUUAGCAUGAUUCAAUCAGCUCGCCUUGAGUGUCUUAUUGGUGAGUCAGCAGCGCUGCCAUGCAUAGCUUAUCUGUCUGAUUUAUUACACUCCCUUUGAGAGUAUUUUUUCAUUACUGUGGUGUGCAGGAUUAUUUCAAAUGGAAACUUAUGUCUACUGUCUAUAUUCACGAGAAAAACAGUACCAGUAAAAGGUUUGGACACAUCUACUCAUUCAAGGGUUUUUCUUUAUUUUUACUAUUUUCUACAUUGUAGAUUAAUAGUGAAGACCUCAAAACUAUGCAAUAACACAUGGAAUUAAGAAGUAACCAAAAAUAUAUUUGAGAUUCUUUAAAGUAGCCACCCUUUUGCCUUGAUGACAGCUUUGCACACUUUUAGCAUUCUCUCAACCAGCUUCAUGAGGCAGUCACCUGGAUUGGAUUUCAAUAACAGGUGUGCCUUGUACUUCUUAAUGCAUUUGAGCCAAUCAGUUGUGUUGUGACAAGGUAGGGGUGGUAUACAGGAGAUAGCCCUAUUUGGUAAAAGACCAAGUCCAUAUUAUGGCAAGAACAGCUCAAAUAAGCAAAGAGAAAUGACAGUCCAUUAUUUUAAGACAUGAAGGUCAGUCAAUCCGGUCAGUCAAGUUUCUUCAAGUGCAUUCGCAAAAAACAUCACGCGCUAUGAUGAAACUGGCUCUCAUGAGGACCGUCACAGGAAAGGAAGACCCAGAGUUACCUCUGCUGCAGAGGAUAAGUUCAUUAGACUUAGCUGCACCUCAGAUUGCAGCCCAAAUUAAUGCUUCACAGAUUUCAAGUAACAGACACAUUUCAACAUCAACUGUUCAGAGGAGACUGCGUGAAUCAGACCGUCAUGGUCGAAUUGCUGCAAAGAAACCAUUAAUAAAGGACACCAAUAAGAAGAGACUUGCUUGGGCCAAGAAACACGAGCAAUGGACUUUAGACCGGUGGAAAUCUGUCCUUUUGGUCUGAUGAGUCCAAAUUUUAGAUUUUUGGUUCCAAUCGCCGUGUCUUUGUGAGAACAGAUGGUCUCCGCAUGUGUGGUUCCCACCGUGAAGCAUGGAGGAGGAGGUGUGAUGGUGUUGGGUUAGUUUGCUGGUGACACUGUUGGUGAUUUAUAUAGGAUUCAAGGCAAACUUAACCAGCAUGGUUUCCACAGCAUUCUGCAAUGAUACGCGAUCGCAUCUGGUUUGCACUUAGUCUCACUAUCAUUUGUUUUUCAACAGCACAAUGACCCAACACACCUCCAGGCUGUGUAAGAGCUAUUUGACCAAGAAGGAGUGUGAUGGAGUGCUGCAUCAGAUGACCUGGCCUCCACGAUCACCCGACCUCAACCCAAUUGAGAUGGUUUGGGAUGACAUGGACUGCAGAGUGAAGGAAAAGCAGCAAUCAAGUGCUCAGCAUUUUCCAAGACUGUUGGAAAAGCAUUCCAAGUUAAACUGGUUGAGAGAAUGCCAAGUGUGCAAACACUUUUUUGGUUACUACAUGAUUCCAUGUAUGUUAUUUCAUAGUUUGUCUUCACUAUUAUUCUAUAAUGUAGAAAAUAGUACAAAUAAAGAUAACUCUUGAAUGAGUAUGUGUCCACACUUUUGACUUGUACGCUAUAUGUCCUAAUGUAAAAGUAAUUGCUUUAAAAGUAUGAAGUCAUUUA